CGUGGACCCCUGACUGCUAACCUGUACAACCAAUAGAAGCGGGGGUCUCCGUUCGUUUGUCAUUCUCACGGCCAAUCACAUGGUCGCAUGGGCGGGCCUAGCGAGGGCCUGGCAUUCAUGUUUGGUUGCAAAAGGAGCAGUCCCCCGGCUGUGAGACGAGGAGACCCGGGACGGAUGUGACCCCACCACACCUCUUUGAAAAGUACUUUUCCCUCGACAACUGGAACUGAAUUACUUGGAAUUGGAUGCUGUGGAUGAGGAAUCCUUUGAGAUUAUUCCCAUAGCUUUUUAUUAUAUUUAUUCGCCCCCCUGGAAUGGCAUUGGAUAAGAGCUAAAACCUUGUGGUUUCUCAGUCUUCAUCGAGGCGUUUUGGCGGACUUCACUUACUUUUCCCGGAGGUCUGGCAUUUCCCAAGCCCAGUACGACAUGGAUCAAGCCAGCGGGGGAGAGGACCCCAACAAACCCUCUAAGAAGAAGUCAAACGAGGAGGAGGGAAAAAACAAGAAGCUGAACAUACACAUAAAAACAUUGGCUGACGACAUGCGAGACCGGCUCACUAGUUUCCGUAAGGCGGGUCUGAAGAAAGAGAAGCCCCUGAUUCAGCACUCGACGGACCUCCAAACCACACCCACCGAGAUGCCCCUGCCUCAGCCCCUGUUCGACGACCGCUCGCUGAACCUCUCGGAGAAGGAGAUCAACGACCUCUUCGAGAAGAUGAUGGAGGACAUGAACCUGAACGAGGACCGGAAGGCGCCUCUGCGUGGGAAGGACCUCAGUACCAGGCGAGAGAUGGUGGUCCAGUACAUCUCGGCCACUUCCAAAUCUAUAACUGGGAGCAAAGUUGCGGGCGGUCUGAGGAACAGCAAGCACGAGAGCACGCUGUCGUCCCAGGAGUACGUCCACGAGCUGCGCUCCGGCAUCACAGAGGAUAAGCUGCUUAAUUGUCUGGAAUCCCUCAGAGUCUCUCUCACCAGCAACCCCGUCAGCUGGGUGCACAACUUUGGCCAUGAAGGUCUGGGUCUGCUCCUGGAAGCUCUGGAGAAGCUUCUGGACAAGAAACAGCAGGACAACAUGGAUAAGCGGAACCAACACAAGCUGAUCCAAUGCUUGAAGGCCUUCAUGAACAAUAAGUAUGGACUGCAAAGGAUUCUGGGAGAUGAGCGCAGCCUGCUGUUGCUGGCGCGAGCCAUCGACCCCAAGCAGGCCAACAUGAUGACGGAGAUCGUGAAGAUCCUCUCUGCCGUCUGCAUCAUCGGGGAGGAGAACAUUCUGGAUAAGAUCCUGACCGCCAUGACGAUCGCCGCCGAGAGGAACAACAAGGACCGCUUCGCCCCGAUCGUAGAAGGGCUGGAGAACCACGAGGCACAGCAGCUCCAGGUGGCCUGCAUGCAGCUGAUCAACGCUCUGGUCACCUCUCCUGACGACCUGGACUUCCGGAUACAUCUGCGCAACGAGUUCUUAAGAUGCGGGCUCAAGAAGAUUCUGCCGGAGCUGAAGGAGACGGAGGAGCUGGACAUCCAGCUGAAGGUCUUCAACGAGAACAAGGAGGAGGACGCCAUCGAGCUCUCCCACCGCUUCGACGACAUCCGGUCCGAGAUGGAUGAUAUGAAUGAGGUGUACCAUCUCCUGUCCAACAUGGUGAAAGAUACGGGAUCAGAGACGUACUUCCUGUCAAUCCUCCAGCAUCUCUUGCUCAUCAGGAACGACUAUUACAUCAGACCUCAGUACUACAAGAUCCUGGAGGAGUGUGUGUCCCAAGUGGUCCUGCAUCGCAGCGGGAUGGACCCCGACUUUGGCUGCAGCAAGAGGCUGGAUGUGGACUUCACACAUCUCAUAGACCAGUGCGUGGACAAAGCCAAGGUGGACGAGAGUGAAGAGAAGGCGGCAGAGUUCUCCAAAAAGUUCGACGAGGAGUUCGGGGCGCGGCAGGAGGCGCAGGCGGACGCCCAGAAGAAGGAGGAGCGCAUCAAGGAGCUGGAGGGCCAGAUCCAGACGCUGCAGACCCAGAUCGCCGCCGGCCCGGCCCUCGGAGCAGCGGGGGCCCCCCCCAUGGCCGGGGCCCCCCCGCCCCCCCCACCCCCCCCUCCCCCUCCCCUGCCGGGCGGCGGCCCGCCCCCUCCCCCGCCCCUCCCGGGCCACGCUUGCAUGCCGCCGCCCCCGCCGCCGCCGCCCCUCCCAGGCGGGGGUCCUCCCCCUCCCCCUCCACCGCCUCCUCCCCCCGGCUGUGGACCCCCGCCCCCCCCCGGAGGACCGCCCCCUCCCCCCGGGUUCGGCCCCCCCGGGCGGGCCCCCCCUCCCCUGGUGGUCAAGCUGCCCUACGGCCUGGAGGCCAAGAAGACCUACAAGCCCGAGGUGGUCAUGAAGAGGGUCAACUGGUCCAAGCGAAAAAAGACCUGGACGUUACGGAUGACCGGAUGUCACAGUUCAAGAAGAAGGCAAAGGAGCUGCGUGUUCUGGAUCCAAAGACGGCCCAGAAUCUCUCCAUCUUCCUGGGUUCCUUCCGGCUGCCCUACGAGGAGAUCAGGGACAUCGUGCUGCAGGUGGACGAGGAGCGGCUGAGUGAGUCUCUCAUACAGAACCUGAUAAAGAAUCUGCCGGAACAGAAACAGCUGAGUGCGUUGGCUGAACUAAAGGGAGAAUACGAAGAACUGGUGGAGUCUGAGCAGUUUGGCAUCGUGAUGAGUUCGGUGAAGCUGCUGCGGCCCCGACUCAACGGCAUCCUGUUCAAGUUGACCUUUGAGGAGCAGGUGAACAACAUCCGGCCGGACAUCAUGAGUGUGACCUUCGCCUGCGAGGAGGUGAAGAAGAGUGAGAGCUUCAGCAAGCUGCUGGAGCUUGUGCUACUAGUGGGGAACUACAUGAACGCCGGCUCCCGCAACGCCCAGACCUUCGGCUUCAACAUCAGCUUCCUCUGCAAGCUCCGUGACACCAAAUCUGUGGAGCACAACAUUACACUGCUGCACUUCCUGGCCGAGCUGUGUCAGGAGAAACACCCGGAGAUUAUGAGUUUCCCCGAUGAGUUGGAGCACGUGGAAAGUGCCAGUCGAGUGCCCGCUGAGAUCCUGAGCAGCAGUCUGAGCAACAUGGAGAAACAGAUCCAGCGGCUCGAAAGCGACAUCAAGAACUUCCCCAAGACAGACGACGACCAAGAUAAGUUUGUGGAGAAGUUGUCGGGCUUCAGUAAGCACGCCCGGGAGCAGUACGAGAAGCUGUCCACCAUGCACAAGAACAUGCAGAAGCUGUACGAGAACAUGGGCAGCUUCUACGCCUUCGACCCUCACACCCUUAGCGUGGAGGACUUCUUCGGGGAGCUGGCCAACUUCCGCACGCUGUUCAUGGAUGCAGUGAAGGAGAACCAGAAGAAGAGGGAGAUGGAGGAGAAGAUCAAGAGAGCCAAGCUGGCGAAGGAGAAAGCUGAGCGAGAGAAGCAGGAGCGCCAGCAGAAGAAGAAGCAGUUGAUUGACAUGAACAAAGAGGGAGAUGAGACCGGCGUGAUGGACAGCUUGAUGGAAGCGCUGCAGUCCGGCGCCGCCUUCCGGGACCGUCGAAAACGCACUCCACGCAACGGUGAUCAAAGCCCAUCCAGUCCUGCCUCUCGCUGGCCGGGGGGUAAUUAUGGGAGCAGAACUCUCGGUGUGUGAACUCUCCACAGCUUAAACCGAACCAAAUGUCCUUGUCUCUUCACUGCACCUCACCUGGCUGCGUAACACCUGCACGUCCUCACAUCACGUACUGUAGUCCACGCAGGAGCCCGGUCCACAGCCCAGGACCACUCGCUGACCGACUGUGUUCCUCUUUAGCAUGGGAUCUGUGUGCUUACGCUUCAGAAACCAGCGGCAGUAAGCCGCUCUCCAAACCGACGCCUUGUACGCCCCCCUUGAUCUUAAAUGUUUAAUGCAAUAAUACACACAGCACUCUAGUGGCCUUGGUGCCCCUGUGGCGCUGUGUUUUCUCUCUGUUUGUCACUCAUUCAACACUGCUGUCGCUGCAGUAUAGACCAGCCAGCCACCUAGCUGGGCCUCCUGCAGCAUGUCUAGACUCCCUGGUCUAUUAGAGGCAGGGGCACCAGCCCUGUCGCCUUGGUACCGUGCACAACGCUUCUGUGUGUGUGUCUGUGUGCGUUUAUGUGUGUGUCUUGCCCUUGAUUUUGUUUCACUGGGCGAAUGUCUCAAUGUUGUGGUGCAGCAGCUUAUGUAUGUAAGUUUGAAUGUGUUAUUGCCUGACCGCUUCUUGAACUACGUCAGUAGUUGUAGUCCGGCCGCCUGCGAUGCAACCUUGGUGAACAUGUGCUCAUGCAUCGUCUCAAACAUGUGUUUACUGCAACCCUGUGCCUGUCAGUGUUUUUGUUGUGUUAAAACAUGCACCGUCUCUGCAACUGUAUCAAUGGCUCAACUGUGAUUCGCUGAUGAGUGUCUGAAUAUUCAUUUGUGAUGCACUAUAAAGCUAAACUGGUAUUAGCAUUUGGUUUUGGGUAGAAUAACGAUUCUAGCCAACAAUACAAUAUUAAACUGAAAAGUGUGAAUCUCAUGUGUAUCUUACAUUUUGAGACUUAAUCGGUAAUGAGUUAAUUUAUUUGGAAAUUAUGAGUCACUGGAGCACGAUUGUACAAAAUAAUUAUUGUAAUAAUAAUUAUAAUAAUAACUUAUCAUUAUAAUUUCUAUGCUUUGUGUUAAAACAAAUGCAAUGCAUUUAUUUUAGACCCUCAUGAGAGUUUUUGUCAUGCAGGAAUAUGGCCUGUAUGUUGCUGUCUUUCGAGUGUCAUUAUUAGUUGUCAUGCACAGAAUAUUCUAUGUUUGUCUUGAUAUAGAGCUCUAUACUGCGGGUUGGUCAAAAUCGACUGUCUAUGUUCUCUGGGGUGAAAAAUCCCCUCUCCAUACCUGCUCCACGAUUCGUUUUAGAGGAAGUCUUGAAACGAAUUGAGGGAAAUGUGUCUUUCCCAUGAGACGGCUGGAACACAAAUCCUCAGCCACACUUUGAGGGGGAGAAUGAAGACAUACCGGUCUGUGAAAAGAAACAAUUAACAGCUCAGACAACCCGUGAUUUGGCAGUAAAAGGCAGCUCUAUUUAUUCCCUGAAAGCCCUUUUGUACAUGGCGAGUAAAAAUGAUGGGAUCUCUAGUUAAGAACAAUCGAUUGAGCAUUUCUCCUUUCUUAUUAUGUCUUCCUUCUUAUAUUCCUUCUGAGGAUAUUUCGUAUCACAUUCUCACGAGCCUAACACUUUAUCUACUCUGCUUUGGAUUCGCGGUCUCACAAUUGCCGCUAGAAAAGUGUCUCAGUGCGGUGAUAUGGCCUAAUGCGGCGUGUGUUCACUGCUGUUCUUCACGUCUGUUGAGGUAUAUGCGCUAAAGGUUGAUUAACCUCCUGUCAUCCUCGGACGAGCAGCGUGCAGCACGCAGGAGUCUCUGCUCGGCUGGAAGGAGUUAAUUUAAACUCAUCCGUCUGGCGCACACUGUAGGUUCAACUGCACUCCAGCUCCACAUCCUCAGGACUCAGCCCGGGUUGGGAUUCCUGCGGCUGCCUGUCACAAUUACACCUAAUUCCACAAGCAUUUCCUAUUUCCUUGUCUCCAUUUGGCACGAGAUGGAAACCGCACCCAGGGGGUUUCAGUCAUGUGUUAUGCAAUUACUGUGGCCAGCCCUAAUUCUAAUGGAAGGAGGGGGGUGGACUGAUGGGAACCAACAGGUUCUAGCCUUUCCCUGCUUGUUCACCGAGAGAGACGCUAUUUUGCACGUUUGGAUAAAAUUGGUUUGACAUUAACAUAACAGGGGCCUUGUUUUCUUCUGGGCGACGUGAACGUUAAAUUGAGUCUCAGCCUAAAAAGACCAAAAUACAGCAUGGGACUUUGCAAACGCUCUUGUCCUACCGUACUCCGUCUCCGGCGGGGUUCUGCGGUAGCCCGGUUCCUUGGCAGCAGAUCGGUGGGCAGGCACCCCUCAUCCAUCCUGACUUAUUGAUUUUUGUUUGGUGAUGAAAGCCACAGACUCACUAGGUCCUUCUUACUAGGAGGCCUUCCAAAAAGACACAUCAAUCAGAUAUCAAAGGCUUCCAAGCCGAUUUUAUUUAUUUACCGACUUUUCAAAGUCGCUAGGAUCAAACUCGGUCUUGUCUCUCGCUCGCUGCUCGUCCACCCCUCCGACACCCUUCGUCGCUCACCUUUACAUGCUCGUCGAUCCGGAGCCCCUUUGUGCCUCGUCCCGUCCCAUUAAGGCACCUUUGACUGAGGAGUGAUUACCUUCCUCCUUUUAUCAAGCGGAGAUUCAGUGAUAUAAUGCCGGUCAGGGUCGUGGGAUUCUAGCCUUAAUGUCUAAGCUCCCCGGAGAACUCAGCCAGUUAAUUCAGCCAGCCGGGCCACGGAGCAUCCACCCUCUAUGUUUAAUGAUAUUAAAUUACCCUACUUUCCCUCGUGAAAUGUUAAAGGCGGAAAAGGAAGGAUUCUGAACAGAGGUAAAUUAAACGAGCUGAAAUGUGGCAGCAAAGAAUCAUCCCUCCCCCUCUUCCCCUGGCUUCAUGAAUGAUCUCUUCAUACCUUGACUUAUAAGAUCUGUGUUUGUUACCGAAAUCCAUAGCAACCCUGAAGAAGUAGAUGUUUUAUUGCCUUGACUGGUGUCUUUAUCCCGUCUUCGUUCGGGAGGGGGGGGGGGAAAUCAUACGUUUGUGCCUCAAAACUACAUCACAGGCCCAGAUAGUGAUCUGAAUUCCCUUAGAAACUAAUUUGUUCCCACAUAUGUUAUACCUUGUACCGGUAGCUUUAACUCCUCCACUGUUGACUCUCUGUCUCAAUAGUGUGCGUUGUGUGCUUGUGCAUCAAUCCUCACACACACACACACACACACACACACACACACACACACACACACACACACACACACACACACACACACACACACACACUCAACCAGGGGCGUGAGCUGGCUCCUCAUUGGAGGGUUUCAGUCAUUGGCGCGCCUUCGCUACAGGCUACCUCUUCAGGGCAUCAAUGGAAGCCGCUCAUGGGGCCGGCCCAGGGGGUAUCCUAGAGGUAGUAGAGCUAAUACAAUCUGGGCCAGGAGAGCCGCAGAGACACGCUGCCGCCAGGUAUAGCACACACAGCUUAUGAGAUGGGGAGAUCCUGCUGCGGUGGACGGGUGCAGACAGAGCCCCAUCGAUGGCUGCCGUUUCAAACCCAUCACCUGGUGCUCGUAGAUAAGGAGGUUUAUCAACGGUCAAAGGAAGGAGUCUGGGGCCGGCCGGCGAACGGGGGGGGGGAGGGUCGGGCAAGGGGCCGACCUUCAAGGGCAACGUCGACGCCGUCGUGCCUCCCGUUGACCCUAAGUCCCUCUCCUGCCACGCAGUCCCCUGACCCCUGCCUGGGAAAAUAAUCAUGGACGUAUAGCUCAUGAUUUGAUGUACCGCGAAGACGUGCCCGCGGUGCAUAACUAAUCCGUCAUUUGACUUUGCCGAGGGAGGUCGCUGAACUGAGUGGAGUGUGACGAGCAUCCAUUUUGAAAAAAGGAUAAAUCAGAUCUUAAUAGAAGGCGUUCUUCGUGCGUAUACCAGGGUUCCUCUUCCACUGCCGACAAGUACCCCUGGAGCUGGCGUCUGUUUAAUUUGCGAGGAGGCCAUCUAUUGACGGUAGUGGGAGUGUCAACACGGUGCUUGUGGACCUUGCCCCUAUGCUUUAUGUGUUCUGCUCUUGUGAUGUAGAGCUAGACUGCUCCUGGUGUCGUAGACCUCCUUAGAGAUAGACACAACGGAGUCCCUCUGUGAUGGACCUACGGCACUCAAUGCCUACAUUAAAUAUUGUCCAUCUCUACAGGGACAAGGUCUCAUCGAUGUGAAAUGUACUUAGCCCGCCCGCCUAGUGGCCAUCAACGCCCGACCGAGAGGCAUAAAUCUCGACCUAACUUCUCGGAUAAUAUCCCAAAGCUUUCGCACUCGUACGAUUCCAUAAUUUUUUUCCCUCUCCGACACCAUGGGCUUUGAAGUUCGAGCGUAGUUAUGAAAGGUCACCCUAAGUGUAAAUUGUCAAUACUGGAUCAAUUUUGCACGGCCAAUAUUCUUCAGAGACCCCCGUAAUGGAAGGUUUUAUCUUAUUUUUGCCCAGCGCCCGUUCGCACAAUAGGAUUGAUAUCAUUCAUUGUUUGAUGAAUUCCUAAUAGACCUAUAACUCUCGCAGCGCAAAGCCGAAGGAAUGCCUUUGAAAGGGAAAUAUAGUGAACGCCGUUAAACAACCAUCCUCCAGGCUGAGCAAUGGUCCUCAUAAUAUUCCAGUGGAAUCCUAACCAGGCUAUCAUGCUUAGCUUUGAAGGAUGGUUAACUUACGUAGGCUGAAUUAAACCUUAUUUAUUCCUUAUUAGAAAUAGAGAUCUGGCACACACAACGAUCAGCGCUGAUGCUCUGUGAAAAUAAAUUGUGCUAUUGUGUGAAGUGAUAGGCAACGAACGGGAACGCACAAUAUUCCUCAUUUCACGUUUUUGUGUUGUUACCCCCUUUUUUUUCCCCCCUCUGAAAAAUGAGGGCAGCUGCGAUCAUCCACAAAUCGUGCCCAGGUUUCCAUUUCUAUUUGGAAGCGCCUUACCUCUGCCCUGUUGGCUCCAGCCAGGCAAAAUGAAUAUGCUAUUAAGCUAGCAGCUGGGAUGAGGGAGAGAUUGGUACAAACAAAUGUGUGUUCGUUUAUAUCUCACAAUUAGAAGCGAGAUCCGAUGUCAGAUUCAGAGUUCACAAUCUGUAAUCAGCAUAUCUGUGUCACAUUCACCAUCGUGACAAAUGUAUUGGUUCAGAAUUAGGGUAUUGGUAUUCAGUAAAUGCAAUAAGUUCUGUAUUCUUAGUCUCUCAACUGAAUUAGAUGAUGAAGUAUUGCUCUUCAUUCCCAGUUGCGUCACUUAGCAGAUGAUUCAUACCCUUCCAUAAGUGUUAAUUUAGUAAGAUCCCACAUUUUGAGGUGAAACAGCAGUGUGGUAAUAUUGUGUUUGGAAUUUGAGUCGGUUAAUGUGAUGAUCUGUACGGUUAUUGCGAUUAUUCGUUUUGAGAACAUAUUGCGUGACAACUGAUGUUUCCCUGCUGAUCUAUAAGGAUUCCGGAGCGGUUUGGAUAACAAUAUACUGGAUUUGUUCUCCCAGAAGGUUGUCAUUAUGGAAAAUGAGAGCAGCUCAAUGCACAUGCUGAUGAAAAAAUAUUUUAUUGGCAUUUAACCGUGAAGGGCAACUUUGCCUUUUUCUGAACCAGCGAAUGAGUAAUGCUUCUACUCUGAGCUAGAUCUGCAAUUGUCCUGCCUUUAAAUGUUGUUUAACAAAUAACCAUGGAAAUAUUAUAAAAAAAUAAAUUCAUUUUGGCUUUAAAAGCAUGUAUUGCCAUCUCUGACAUUACGGGCAUAUCUGUGUAAAAUUCAAAGACCAACCAAAAGGGUAAACAUUUCACGCCAUAUAAUGGAUAAAUUGUCAGUUUCAUAUUUUUAUGCUGUAAAGAUAUCCCUGUUACGCAAUUUGGCUCGGUUAGAGUAAGCAAGCAAAUGUACUGAUGAGAAGUAUGUACACAGCUGUGUAAUGUUAACACGCGUGACGUGUGCAGGACAUACACGUGUGCACGGGGGAACACUAAGUGCCUGCGUGCGUGCGUGCCUGCCUGCCUGCGUGCGUACCUCCCUGGGAUGGCAAUAAUAAAUAGAAGAAGCAUUAGAAUACCCUGUCUUCCAGCCGCCCCUUGCCCACCUCCGUCCUCUCUAAAGAGGGCCGCAGUGAGGGAGUGUGCUGACUGCCUCUGUCCAGCAGAGCAUGGCUGUUCUUCACACGGCUCCUUCCCUGAUGCCGACCCAUGCCCAUUUGCUCGUCUCCUCGGUAGUUAUUUAUUAAUCUGUUUAUUUGCGUGUAGUUUAUUUAUUGAUGGGACUCAAG